AGUCUCUUCCUCUCUCAUCACACUCUACCAUCUCCAUCAUUCAGAAAUUCAGUCAUUUUGAAACUGAACAGCACACAGCAUGGAGCUCUCUCCUGUGGGCCUGCUGCUUGUGCUGAUCUUGUGUUCCUACUCAGGACGUGCUGCAGAGACUCCCAAAGCUGUUCUGGUGCUGGAUCCUGACCAAACACAGUUCUACACUGGAGAGUCUGUCACUCUCAGAUGCAACAUAGAGGGACAGGACACGUCAGGGUGGAGGUUCAACUGGCGUAAAGAUUAUGGUCAGGUUUACCCACGAGUAGGCUGGAGUGACAAGAAUGAAUACACACUACAGCCUCUGCAUGUGUCCCAUAGUGGUGACUACACCUGCACUGGUCUCAAAAGUGACAUAUACAGCAGAGGGAAUGAGAAAGUGAAACUGCAAGUAUCAGCUCUGCCCACACCUAAACUAACUGUAGAGCCUCAGAGUCCUGUGUAUGUUGGAGAGACAGUCACUCUGAAGUGUGAAGUACAGUCUGACAGGAACUGGAAGUAUGUGUGGUAUGAAGACUGGUCUGGUAAUGUUCUGUUUGAGUCUGACGAGAACACACACACCAUCACAGCUGAGACUCACGAGAAGUAUUACUGGUGUCAGGUAAAGCUGAAAGAUCUAUCAUCACAGAUGAGUGAAAUAACAUAUGUUGAAGUUAAAGAUCCCCCUUUAGCUACGGUGGCUGUAGAGUCUCCUCAGCCUCCCUUCUAUGCUGGAGAGACAGUCACUCUGAGGUGUGAUAUAGCAGAGUACACAGACUGGUAUUGGUAUACCUGGUACAAAGACAAUCAGAUAUCCAGACAGAACAGGAAGACCAACACCAUUCCUCUCCCUUACUAUGCUGGCCAGCACACAUGCAAAGGGUGGAGUAGAGGUCGGCCGAGGAAUUCUCAGCGCAGUACAUCUUUCUCUAUCAGUGUCACCGUGUUGUGUGUGUCCCCAUAGCCCUGCCUACACCUACACUGAGUGUGCAGCCAGAGACUCCUGUGUUCACUGGA